GGCAGCCGCGUUCGUUGAUAAGAAGCGGUGGUCGGUGUUCGCCGUUCGGUACUUUAUUCGAUAAUUAUAAUACACAUCGUAACGAUUUUGUUAUUACCAUUUUGUACAAUAUAAUAGGUAUAUUAUAGUGUUGUUUAUUAAUUGUACAAUAUACAAAACGCCUGAAUACAACACGAGCCGAGUGUGAUGUCCCGUCCCAUCCGUGUACCAGCGCGCUUCUCGUAAAACAACAGUUUGGUCGUGAAUUAUUCGUAGUUUAGGUGAUUUAUUGAAUAUAGACACAAUAUUGGUCUCGUGUUUCUACCCCCCAAAAAAACACGUACACAAACACAACGUACCUCCGACGUGUGAUAUAUGUUGACAGCAAACAUGCCAACCGUACAGUUUGCUGCGCGAAAAUGUUGAGUGCGCUUAACGGAAGAAGACAAUUCGAAAUCGCCGAUUAGAUUUGCCGUGACAAACAUGUCGUUUAACACGCUAUUUUUCAUCCUUAAUGCGGCCACAUACGCGAUUUACGCGAGUUCCAAUCAAAUAGUGUCCAGGUUCGAGUACAAGUACAGUUUCAAACCGCCUUAUCUGGCUCAAAAAGACGGUUCGGUACCGUUUUGGGAAUACGGAGGAAAUGCUAUUGCCAGUGCAGAUAAUGUAAGAAUAGCUCCGUCGCUAAAAAGUCAAAAAGGCGCAAUAUGGACAAAAAAUCCAGCAUCAUUCGAAUGGUGGACAGUCGAAAUUAAUUUUAGGAUUAGCGGGAGAGGCAGGAUAGGCGCUGAUGGCCUGGCAUUUUGGUAUACAACUUCCAAAGGUGACUAUCAGGGUCCAGUGUUUGGCAGUUCCGAUAAAUGGGUCGGUUUGGGUGUAUUUUUCGACUCGUUCGACAACGAUGGAAAACACAACAACCCAUACAUCAUGGGUAUCGUCAAUGACGGUACCAAAGUUUUUGAUCACGCCAAUGAUGGUUCCACUCAACAAUUGUCGGGAUGUCUAAGGGACUUCAGAAACAAGCCGUUUUCGACCCGAGCAAAAAUAGAAUACUAUAUGAACACGUUGACAGUGUUUUUCCAUAGCGGUAACUCAAACAAUCCUGAAGACUUUGAAAUCUGCUUUAGAAGUGACCAAGUGUACUUACCAAAAGGUGGACACUUUGGUGUUUCUGCAGCUACUGGUGGACUUGCAGACGAUCACGAUGUAAACCAUUUUUUGACGUACAGUCUUUACCCGCCUGGAACAACAUUCAAAACUGCCGGAGCACCUCCACCCGCAUCUGUUGACGAGGAACAGAAAUUGACAAAAGAAUAUGCCGACUAUCAACGGAAAUUGGAACAAGAAAAAGAAGAGUAUAAAAAACAACAUCCCGAUACUAAAACUAAACACGAUGAAUCUGAGUUUGAAGAUUGGUAUGAAACCGAUAGCCAGCGGGAAUUGAAUCAAAUAUUCUCCGGUCAAAGUGCAAUUGUGGAUUCGGUGAAGGUAUUGAGCCAAAAACUGGAUGAAGUCGUUGGACGUCAAGAAAGAACCCUCAGUUUGCUAUCUACAGUUCAGUCUACCGUAACAAUCGCCGCCAGUGCAAUAGGCGGUGGCCAACCGAUAAAUGCACAAGUACCUCAAAUGCAAAUGAACGCUGGAGGGGUCACAAGACAAGAUAUUGAAGUGUUGGUUAACGCCCAGAAUAAUAUAAUUAAUUCUGUAAAAGAAAUCAGAAAUUAUGUAGUGGACGUACACUCAAAAGCUGACACCAUAAUUAAGAAUCAAGUUCACCAACCCACUGCUCAGGUCCAACCGAUCGGUGGUUACGAUUCUAUAUCGAUUAUGAAUGAAAUAAGAGAUUCGUUGAACACCAUCAAACGCGACACUGCUCAAAGUGCCCAGAAGCCAAACUAUGCUCAACAGACAUCGUGUCCCACUUGUGCGACGAGUUCAAUUGUGAUCGUAGUUGCGGUCGUGCAAUCUGUAUUAUUCAUUGUCUACGCUAUUUACAAGAAUAAUAAAGAAUCACAAGCCAAGAAAUUCUAUUGAUUCGGAAUCUGUCUGAGAAGUUUUUAAAAAGUGUGUUCAUUAUAAAUCAUUCCAUUAUCUUAAAUAAUUAUUUAGACAAAAACUUUCUGGUACCUUAUUUAUAUGUUUAAAAAACAAUGUUGAAUCGUUACAAGUUUGUCUACGGAUUAUGACUUAAAAUGUACUAUAUUAAUAUUGCUUACAUUUUUAUCAAUUAUAAUAUUGGUACCAGCAUUUGAAAAAUAAUUUUGUUGAUAAAUU